AUGAAUAUCCACGCACUCAACCGCUCGCGGUCGCUGCGACAGCCCACUGCAGGCCUCAGCAGGGCCCUGAGGAAGGACGAAACCCCCAACAACGUCGUCAACACCACCAAUGUCGCCGCGGCCUCAACCUCCUCGGCUGGCGCAGCCAGGAACACAGCCAUCAAAGAAGGCCCGGCCAGCUCCCAUUGCGACAAGCAGGCUGAUCCGUCCACCCACGAAAUCGAUUUCCACCCCCUCCAAGCCUGCGACAGCCUCGGCCGAACCGUCGCCUACCACGCCCUCCCGGCCCUCUCCCUCGCGUCCCUCUCCCUUGAGGGCGACACCACCGACGACAACGUCAUCACCCUCCCCGGCAAGGACAGCAUCGCCGCGCACAACCACACACAUACGCGCAAAGUCAUCCGCGACCGCGCUGAAUUCUGCGACCGUCCUCCGCCCACCACGGCCGCCUUCAGCUGGGUCGGUAGCCUCGAGUUCUACGACGACCACUACAGCGACCACUGCGGGCAAGAGGCCAAUAGGCCGGUCCAACACAACGCCCUGAGCAGGGCAACAUCUACAAAUGCGGCCAGAUCCGUCAAGCCCACCGCGCCAGGCGACGCGCCGCGUCUCAAGCCCGCCUUCAACACCCUCCAACAGCACUACAGCCCCGCUCGCAACCUCGCGCCGAAACCCCUGACGUCGUCCUACCUCGCGCCCCCCUCGCCGUCGAAACUCCCGGCCAACAUCGCCAUCUCCUCCGAAACGGCCAAGCUGCAGACCGAGCUGCUGCAGCUGCACCUUCUCCACCGCGAUGCGGAUGCCGUGACUUCCUCCUGGCAUGCGAGCGCGAGGCAGAGGCUGGGGCAGAGGUUCGCCGAGCUGGCUCGGAGGGACGACGAGGUUAGCAGGGAGGAGGCCGAGGUCGAGGAGGCUCGGAACUUGGCUGCGCUGAUGGAAUGGGGCGGCGGCAAGGGGCUGGAUGGCAAGAUUCAGGUGCUAGACACUAUUCUCUCAGGCGUCUGGAGCCUUGGUGAGCCGAAUGGGCGAUAUACGCGCGCCGUGAGGAAGUUCGAGAAGUGGGUCGACCAGACGAGACGAGCUGUGGAGGCGCGACGGCUUGCCGGCGGGCUGGGCGCUCUCAUGGAAGACGACGAGGUCGGUUUUGUGAGUGAGUUGGAUCCGGCCUGGAAGGACGAGGUAUCGUCGAUGGCGAGGAAGCUGGACUCCUGGCGUAGGCAGCUGGGACAGCUUGAGAGUGGAGUGAUUGAUGAUGACCAGGGCGGAGAUCAGAAAUCAUCCAGCCUGGCGAGACUUCUGUCUGGGUGCCGGAGUCAGGUGCAUGGCAUGCUUGCUGAGCUGGAUUUGAUGGAGCAGAUCGAGCGGGACGCCCUCAUGCAGGAGACGGCUUGGAUCAGGAGGAUGAACCGCGAUGACGACGAGAGUGAUACCCCAAGGGCUGGAGCGAUCUGGCGAGCAUUUUGA